GAAAAAGUAAAGUGAAGACGCGAAGAUUUUAAUUGGAGCCGCACGAGCGUCAAUUCAAUAUGGGCGGUAUGUUGUGGUCCCUACUCUGCCCUUACUUGUUGUUAACUUCUGGGUAUAUUCAGGAGUGUUUUUCUCAUACGAUAAUCACUAUUGAACAUGGGUCAUUCACGAACAUUACUGUCAAUGGGUUGGUGUAUGUCGAAGUUAUCAAAAUUCCGCCGUGGAGCAAAUUUGUUGUGUAUCAAGUACACAGCCCCUUUAACCCACUACUAGUGUCCACAUCAGCCUCGUUUACAUAUGACACUUCACAAUACUCGGCUCACUGCGGCUUAGCUAGUUUUGUUGAAAACAAAACACUGUCGACAUUCUACGUUUAUUCUACCUAUAGUGUUCCGCUAAUUGUGUGGGUUAAAGCUGUUGCAUAUGGAUCAGAAUUUCCAUUGCCAGGUGGUUGUGGUCGUAGUUCGCGUAAUGGUUUCAUGAAUGCAGCCAUCACUACAGAUAUAAUGACUAAAAAUAUAAAUCUUUCAAGCUCGAAACGCAUUGAGUUUUUAAGCUAUUGGACGUCUUCUCUCCAGCUCUCUGCAGCUUCGGCACCUGUCGGAUCAGACGGUUUUGCGUGUUCUCACUGGAUUACCGAAAGUAAGCCAUCAGGGAGCCUAGUUUAUCACGUUUAUGGUACACCACUAAUAACUGCUGGUGGUUCUUAUGGAGCCUUCGUGAAUCCUAGUCCCAGUGAAGUUGCAUCAGUCUUAAAAAACAUGGCCAACUUUGGCCAUUCGUCAUUUGUUGGUACUUACAUACAGUCAUUUCACCAGAGUGAAUUCACACCAAAUGAUGAAUUUAUUAACAUAAUCGUCUCACGUCGUCCAGCUACAGCAUAUAUUGUCACUGUUGUUGUGGAGUAUUCAAUUUCUGGUGAUACAUGGCAAGUGCCAUAUAUUCCUGUCAUUCUUUUUGGUUGCCCUGCACAGAUUUCACCCAGUUUCUACCGUACUGUAUAUAACCAACCCACUUCAAAUGCUAGUUUGGAAGUCAACUGUGGUACUCUUCCUAAAGAUACACCAGUUAUCCUAUUUCCCGUUGCUGUCUUGCUUCUUGCAGGUUUUUUAUAUGCUACUUCAUGUAAUAUGUGGAUUUGGCCCCGCUGUGCAGUCAGUGCGAUGAUUAUGGGGUCUGUCAUUGGGCUGAUAUUUUUCUACAGAUUUUCAGACGAACCUAAUGAAACUUACCUUAUUUUAAUAGCGAGUGCUUUUUUGCCAGCUUUCUUCGCAUUGUUUGUGUUUGUAAUACUGUGGUGGCGUUACGUUCGUCCUACUUUGUACUACCAACGUAUGUUUGGACAAGGUCCACUGGUGAAGGUAGAAAAUUCUACAACUGUUCUUGUUAACGAACCGUGGAAUUCAGAUGUGUUAGAUAACAGCUAUCAAAAUGUUGAUGCCCCUUUCGGAUCGUCGUCACAGACUGAACAUACACCAAUUAAUACUGUUAAUGUUUUGGCUCCAGUUAGUGAGGAGGAGUCCAGUAUUUCAGCAUUACAGCUGUGUAACGAUCUAGUGCAUCAACCUUCCCCAGCUCAUUCUGGUGCAUAUGUUUCAAAUGAACAGGGUGCUAGUGAUGAUAAUGAAGACUACACUUGUGUUCGAAUUUGUGGCAUUCAGCUGUGUCGAAGGUCCAGAAGUUCACAAAAAUCUUCAAAAACCUUGGCACGUCCACUUAAACCCUUCACCCUAAGACCUCGUCGCCUUGCUCGUUUACUUCCCGUUUUGCCGACUGUAUUUAUUCUAAUCGGUUAUCUCUCCAUCUCUCUUGAUCGUUCUCUAAAAUUGGACAAAUCUUCGGUUUCUUUUUUUGCGUUCUGUAUAAUAAUGUCAGGAUUAUUGCUUGGCUUGCUGAGUAUAUUCAAAAAUUUUGCAUUCGGUAUUUCAACUGCUCUUCUUGGUUUUUACGUUACAUUAUGCUGUGCAAGCUUCUUUCUCAUACCAAGCUGUUUAUUACCUCACAUUGUAAUUGAAUAUUUCUUGAUGUUAACCUGUUUUGAUAUAAGACUACGUACUCUACGCAUCCAAUUCUAUGGUCAAUAUGGUAAUUUUUAAAUAUUUAUUUCCAUACUUCCAUGUUCAUUUCUGCACAUUUUCUACUUUAAUCAGAUCAAGUUUGUUUAAGAUUAGUUUGGUUCUUUGAAGAGUAGUCUUUACACUGACGAAUUUUCAAAAUGAUGUGAAUUGUUAACUGAAGUUGCAUGAUUCUAUUGGUUUAUAACCGUUUCCAUUGUAUCUUUUGCAUAAGUUUCCGUCCGUAAUUUUAAAAGGUUAGUUAAAUUUGCGGAAUAGAGUUUUUCUUUAUCUGAAUCCAUUUUUCAGCCUCAUAACUGAAACUUUUGUACCUCAGUUCCACGUAACCGGGAAUGUUCCUUAUUAUAAGUAUACUGUAAAAAUAUUAACAUAAGACUCACUACAUAGAUCGUUGGCGAUAUAAACUCUACAAAGGUCAAGUUUAUGUCGUGGACUGAAAAGUCUUUUGUAGUGUGAAUGAAUUUUAAAACUAGUUUACAAAUAACCUAUUUAUACAAUCAUUAUUUAGCCUCAAUAAUAGUAGUACUAAGGAUUAUACUGGUAUUAAUGAUGAUUAGUUUAAUAACGAUUAUUUCCUAAUUGUUUGUUAAAAAUUCAUAAAUUUUGUCUUCAGAUGUUAUUGUUGUCGUAAUAUGGUUUGUUAGCAGUAUAUGCUUUGGCUCACUAGCGUUGUGUUUGAUUCGUUUACAAGAUGCACGUGAAUUAUCUGAAGCUCAAAAUUACCAUACAUCAAACUCAAAACAUCCAUACACAAAUACUAAUGCACACACCCCUAGCAAUAGCCUUUCAUUAUUGGGAGAGAUUAGACCAAGUUCCCAAGCUUCAUGUUAUGUACCUCGAAUGUUUCCUGUCCCAAGUUUAUCAUCCAAUGCAAAUUCUGCAUCCAGUUUGUAUAAUUUGCUUUCAUCUCCCAAGGUAUACAAUAAAAUAGAUUCGGAAGGUUCCGUGAACUACCCUGUGCCCGUUGAUUAUUGUCGUCCAUCUACUCCGUCUUCUUCAAGAGUUUCAACGGAAAAGCAACCAUUAUUACAGGGGUAAGUAAGCUAUUCUAAAUAGUUACUAAGGUUAGAUUAUUCUACUGGCACAAAUAUAAAAGAAAACCACAGAGGAUACAUCUUAAAUUUAGCGUAUGAGAAUAACGUUUUAAUGCUCUCAUGCUAUCACGGGAUCAUACUCCAUUUUUCUUAAAAAUAUGAUUAUACAUCUAUUAUUUUGAGAUCAUGAUAUGUUAGAUUUUGAACUAUCAACCUAGAAAAACUCAGUGAAUCAGUUCUAAACGUGUUUAUGGGAACAUUGAUUUAUCCAUUUUUAAAAAAUGGUGUUAUAUGGGAACAGGGAUGAAGAACUAAAUCAUUUCAAAAUAUACAUUGUGAAAAAAUAUGCGUAUAAUGAUUUGUUAAAUUUUUCGGAAAAUCAUUUCUAAUUGGUUUAACAUUGAAAAACGUUGCUGUAGAAAGUCAGGAAAUAAAUAAAUUUGACCAUGUAAGCCGCCAUAAUCUUGCAAUAUAAUUAUUUAUUUCAAAGUCUAUAUUUUUUAAUUUUUACACAAAGUAUAUCUAUUGUGUAUAAGAUAAUUAUUUAUUGAUUCUUUAGUUGAAUCUUUUUUUAUAGGUCUUUUUACAAUAAGUAUGGUGGUCUAAUGGGUACGGGUACUGAUCAUCUGCCUUUAUUGCCCUUAAGUAGAGUUCAGCUGGCUGCCGCCUCACAGUCUUUACCGUUCAGUUCGUCAUCAAGUGUAAAUAUCACAGCGAAAUCGGUACAAUCCGAUGUUGAGGAAAAUUAAGUCAAAACUAACUCUUCUAUAACUUCUAUUCAGUGUAAAUAAUAAUCAUAAAAUGAUCUUGCCUAAAAUGUCUAUCUUUAUCAAUUUUUCUCACGUUUUAUCUAGAUCUAUAUUUCUCCGCAGUAUUUAUUAACUAUCGUGUUAUUUUAAGUCUAAAUAUUGUUUUCGAGUGUUUAUUUUACUUGGUAUUUAAAUAAAAUAUCAAUAUUAUAUACUCUGUAUUCAUCAAUGCCUUUCAAUCAUUUAUGAAUUGUGAUCCAUACGUUGCUUUUCAUAACUGCCUAUAAUAACCUUACGUUUUAAUUGGUUACUUAUUAUAUCCGAUACUAGUAGCAUAACAUUGCCAAACUUUAAUUACUAUAUGUUUUAACUUACCUGUCCUCAAUUGUAUUGUAUAAUUAGUGUGCUCACAGACACUUUGACUAUUUU